AUGCAGUGCUUGACGGUCGGGUGUCUGUUCGCAGUCCUGGUCCUGCAGCUGAGGCCGGUGGCGUACGCCAGUUUCUGGGACACCUUACAGGUGAUAUCGCAAGUUAAGUCGAUCGUGGAGUUGGCUAACGGUGACCCGGAGGUAGUGCGACAGACGGAGAACAACUUCCUCAUUCAGAUGCCACCGGUGUCGCACAUCAAGUCAGUCGUGGUGGUCCGGUGA